AUGUGCAACAGACCGCUCGUACUACAGGAAAUAGAGGAAUUUGCGGACAGCUACACUUUCAAGACGUAUCUAUCCCACAUGAUCGACCGGACUGUCAAUGACAUGCCCAACUUCACACGAUGUCCCAUGCCAGACUGCGGCUCGGGUCAGGUCCAUGAGGGCGGCGAUGCCCACCCGUUCGUAACAUGCGCAGCCUGCAACACCCAGUUCUGCUUCCGACACGGGAUCCCCACGCAGCCGCGGCCGGAGCAGCAGGCCCCCUCACAGCACGAGAACAUGACCUGCGACGAGUAUGACAGCUACCUCGCUGAUCCAACAAACUUCCGCAGCGACCACCAGCGGCAGCAGGAGCGCGCAGCAGUGGAGCGCAGGGAGGAAGAGGCCGUCACACGGGCGCGCGAGCGUAUGGAGAAGAUCUUGGAGCGCCGGCGGGAGGCUGCUGCAGCUGCCGCCGCGGCCGCCGAGGAGGAAAGAAGAAUAAGAGAGGAGAGGGCUCAAAUGCAGAACGCGGCGAGGCUGUCGCGGGAGCGCCGGGAACGUGAGCAGCGGCAGAAGCAAGUAGAGCUGAGGGAGCGUCUGGAGCGUGAGGCGCGAGAGGAGCGCGCCAGACUGGAGGCGAGGCGAUACGCAGAAGAGCGUGAGAGAGCAGAGACGGAGAGAAGGGCGAGGGCUGAAGAGGUCCUCCGCAGAAAGGUGGAGGAUGAGAACAGUGAGAAAUGGAUUGAGUUUUCGGCUGUACCCUGGGGUAAUUAUCGUGUUUGUACAGUGUUUGAUACAAAAUGCAAUGGGUGUAGCAUACCUAGGUAG